AUGGCUGUGGGCACUUCACACAACAUCAUGGCGUACACGACUCGAAAGGAUCCGUGUCGAGGCGCUCCCGGCGAAGCUGGCAAGGCACACCCGUGCACCGGCGGUCGCGUGUCCAUGGAGACCUCGUCUCUCGUUGAGGGGAAGGAUGGAGGCCGAAAGCCUUCCAGUCGUUUUAGCGUUGCUGCUUUGACAGUCCUUCUUCUAACUUUGAGCUGCUCCAACCCUCUUCAUUAUGGCGAGGCGCUGGAGGUUUCGGAAUCUGGCCUUCGCAGACACACUCUCGGCGCUCCUGCCGAUUCGCGCACCCGCGGCCGGGCCUCCGCUGGCCGUGCUUCGCCAGUCUCCAGCCACACACCCCCAUUGGAGACAGCCUCUUCUUCAGGCUUCAGAGCGGCGGUUGGGCUCCAUUCUGGCGAGAUGUCUGCAGCCGCGAUCGCCGAUUCCACGCACGCCCGCGAGCAGGACGUCAAACCUGUCGCUGUCACGCAGCGCGGUGUAGAGUCUCGCGCGCGUCGCGGGAGCGAAGGUGUCCAUCAGCUGGCGGCAGAGGGCCCGCCUACUUUGUCGCAGCCUGCGCCCGCAUCCCAGAAGAUUUCUUUCGUCAACACGGGGUUUGUGAAGACUAGAAAGAAGAAGCACCAGGGGCAGGACUUGACGGAAGACGACAUGCGCUACGCCCCAACCACGGCAGAGGAAUAUCGGGCUGGAUGGCGACGCGAAGAACAAGUCAACGAAGUGCCUUUCUGCAAGGAUCUUGGUUUUGGCGGCUUCCACCCAGAAGAAGGAGCCGAGAACUACUGCUGGAGUCGAUGCGGCCGGGCAUGCGAGGGCUGGAUGUUUUUGAGCCAGGACUCAAAGGCGAUGUGGACGCUCGCCGCUGACGCUAAGCGCGUGAAGCCCUGCCUCACCCCCGCCAACAAGUCGCACAGAAAUAUCCUCUGCAAGGCGAUCCCGAAACCGACUUCUGCGGACUACGUCGAGGCCAUUCGCCACGAGAUGGACAUUGUGGCGCCGGACCAGGUGCCGCCGGUGGCCGUCGCGAUGCCCGGAGCAGAGGCGAACGUGGUGAUGCCCGCGUACUUUCCUGGAAUGAUGUGGGGAGGCGCAGACGGCUUGGUCAGCUCUGCACUGUCAAGUCUGCCCCUGGCCUUGGCCUCUUUGGCGGUCUCGGUGGCAAUGGCGUUUUAUUGA